GAGUCCCGGGACCGCUGGAGGGCCACUCGGGGGACAGGAGCGGGCCAGUGUGGGCGGGCCGGCCACGCUGCGGUGUCGCGCCGCGGGCCUGAGGGAUGAAGAGGGGCCAUGGCCAGCGACGGGGCCAGGAAGCAGUUCUGGAAGCGCAGCACCAGCAAAGUCCCGGGCAGCAUCCAGCAUGUGUAUGGGGCUCAGCACCCCCCUUUCGACCCGCUGCUGCAUGGCACUCUGCCCCGGCCGGCCCCCAGGCUGCCCAGCACGCCUCAGAGGAGCAAGCGGGGCAGCAGCUUCCAGGAGUUUGAGAGCAACACCAGCGACGCCUGGGACGCUGGUGAGGACGACGACGAGCUGCUGGCCAUGGCCGCCGAGAGCCUGGACUCUGAGGUCGUCAUGGAGACGGCCCACCGCGUCCUGCGCGACCACAGCCAGCGGCAAGGGCAGCAGCGGCUGCGGCCAGAGCCUCCCUCAGGCCCCCCCGCCAGUGACCCCCGGCUGGUGAAGUCGGUCAGCGAGAGCCACACAAGGCGCCCUGCAGAGGGUGCCAGCGAGUCCACCCACCUGCAGCGGUCGCAGUCUCUACCCCACUCGGCCACCGUGGUGCUGAGCGGUGGGGUGUCGGACCAGGACCACAGUGUCCUUGGCGGCACAGCCCUGCGAGAGAGGGAGGCCUCUCGGAUGGACAAGUUCCAGCAACUGCUCGCAGGUCCCCACACAGACCUUGAGGAGCUGCGGAAGCUGAGCUGGUCUGGGAUCCCGAAGCCUGUCCGUCCCAUCACGUGGAAGCUGCUCUCGAGCUGGACCAGGACGCAGAUGAGCCUGGGCAAGGCCCAGCGACCAUGGGGUCUGCUGACCACACAGCUGUGUGGGCCUGGGGGAGGAGGCGUCCUCUUUGCAGAGAAGAUCUGUCCCCAGGACCACGAACAGGACGGGGGUGGUGGGGCCAGGACAGAGGUGGACACGAUUUUUGAGAGGAUACUGUUCAUCUGGGCAAUCCGUCAUCCUGCCAGUGGCUACGUCCAGGGGAUAAACGACCUCGUCACCCCGUUCUUCGUGGUCUUCAUCGGUGAGCACGUAGACGGGGAGGACGUGGAUGCUGUGGACGUCUCCCAGGUGCCUGAGGACGUGCUGCGCAACAUCGAGGCGGACACCUACUGGUGCAUGAGCCGGCUGCUGGACGGCAUCCAGCUUCACACGGGGCCGCCGCUGUCGGGGGACGCCGCCCGGCGGAGAGCAUCCGCGGGCAUCUCCCUCUCCGACAGGGCCAUCACCACUCUGAGCCAAGCUCCCCUGGAAGGCCCCCCUCUUGGUAAAGAGAUUGAAUCGAUCCGGGGCAUGCUGGUCUUGCUGCGCCAGUGCCUCCCUCGCAGGAUCCAGCGCAUGCUGGUCUUGCUGCCGGAGCGCGUGCACGGGCACCUGGAGCAGCACGACGUGAAGUACCUGCAGUUCGCUUUCCGCUGGAUGAACAAUCUGCUGAUGCGCGAGCUGCCCCUGCCCUGCACCGUGCGCCUCUGGGACACCUACCAGGAGCUGCUGCUCUUCCUCCAGAACCUGCCCACCGCCGCCUGGGGGGACGAGGACGUGAGCCUACUGCUGGCCGAGGCCUACCGCCUCAAGUACGCCUUCGCCGACGCCCCCAACCACUACAAGAAGUGAGCCGACUGCCGCCUCUGGCCACCCGCCUCCAGCGCUGUGCUCAGACGGCCACCAGCCUACAUGGGGGCUGGCCCAGGGGCUGCUGCCGCCAGGAUACCAAAGAGCUCGGCCCACUGGGCGUCCUUGCCAAACUGGCGGAGAGCCUAGGGCAGACUGCUGGGGGCCCUCCCGCGGGCCUGCCCCGUGCGGCCAGCUGAGAAUAAAGUAACAGGAAACUCA